AUGACGACUCCAGUACACGAAGCAAAUCGCGCCAUUGAAACUUCCCUCCAAUAUUCGACCAAUAAAACAAUUACAAAAAUCAGAUCCACAACCACUCACCAGAUGGGAGAAAUUCGCAAAAAGUUAAAGUUUGAACCAACAAUUGCUGAUCUCAAAAAAGAAUUCAAGUAUAUUGAAGAGCCCCAAGCAUCGCCAACAGAAAUUCACGCUCACAUGAGCGUGAAUUUCUGUUGGGGUGUGGGUAUAAACAAAUAUGUAGGGUGA